AUGGCGUCAGCUUGCCUACACCUCUCAUCAACGCCUAAUCUUAGAAAGAUGUUAAACGCCGCGCUAGAGACUCUGGGAGCCGUUCCUUCAUCUCAGAUCGCGGAUCGGACGGCUGCCGGCGAUUCUGACGAUCAGAAAAUAGCCGCGCCGACAGACCUGACGGCGAAGUUUAAACAGUACACGUCGACUAAAGACGGCGAUGCGAUUCCGUACGCCGUAGUCCGCGCCGCGUGGUCCGCUUUACGCGAGCAGCACAGAUUAGAUCGCAGCGACCGGAGCGACCGCAGCGAAGCGAGUGGUAACAGAAGGGCGGUUCAGAUUUCGCCGAGCGACAGCUGCGAGACGAGCGAAGUAAGCGAAUCAGAUGCAAGGGAGGAAGCAUCAGGCGUUAGUUCUAUACGCGACACCGCCAUUAGCGGCAACACAAGCAACAGAAACACUGCGAGGAGCGAAAUCGCGAGCAGCGGCACUGCAAGCAGCGACAAGCGCUCUGAUUGGCUUCUGCACGAGGUGCUGCAGGGGUGCCACGUGUUGCUGCCUGCUCCACCCGAGCCUCCAAAGAAGAGUGCGGAGCUUGAAGCUCGCCUGGCGGAUCUAAGGGAAGCGGAGGAGCAGAGGCGGUAUAGAGAGCUCGUGAGGGACGUGGUUCCCAAGGGAGCAAAAGGGAGAGGGGUAACUGGUGCUGGUGGUGGUGAUGAUGAGGAGGAUUUAGGAGGGCAGGGGGGGAGCUCGUACCUGGCAUCGUACAGGGAGCAGUUAGGAUUUGGCAUGCAUGUGGUGGGUGUGAUGUUCACCUGUUACCUCUUGGGUCACUACGCUGCUUCUGCUCUCAUCAAAGACCAACCUGCCCUGCACCCAGUGGGAGGUGCAGUGGGUUUGAUAUUCGGCAUGCUGCUAGAAACCACUCUCUUCAUCAUCCGUACAACUCAGCUUGAGGAGAAACAAGCAAGGCAACGCAGCAAAAAGGCCGCUAGGAAGCAGGGAGUGUCAGUACCACCACUAACUGCAGGGCUGGCACGGACCAAGACAGCAGAUAAGAGCGCUAGUGAUGUUUCUGUGGGUUCUGAGGAGUUGGAUGCGGUGCGGCACGAGCUGAUUGAACUGGCAGGGAGACGGCAGAAAGGAGCUGGUGUGCCAGGUUCCUCAGGGGGAUCUAUGAUGAGGCGGCGGAAUGUGAGGCAAUCUGAUGGUGACUAG